UGUCAUGUGAUCAGCUGUGUCCAAUCACAGCUGAUCGCAUGGCACUGAUGAUCAGUGCCCUGAGGAUCAGUGUAGCCUCAUUAGUGCCACCUGUCAGUGUCCAUCAAUGCCACCUGUCAGUGCCCAUAAAUGCCACCUGUCAGUGCCCAUCAGUUCACAUCAAUGCCACAUAUCAGUGCCUACCAGUGCAACAUCAACGCCACAUAUUAGUGCCCAUCUGAGCUGCCUUUCAGUGCCACCUAUCAGUGCCAGUCAGUGCCGCCUAUCAGUGUCAGUGCCAGCUAUCAGUAUCCCUCAGUGCGGCCUGUCAGUACCCGUCAGUGCUGCCUAA